AGCGACUCUCACCCAAACAGAAGGCGUGGCCGGAGCUGUAGGACAGGUCGAACAUGGCGUCCUUAGUGAGCGCGUUGAGGUCGGCGAGGAGCGCGGUUUCCGUGGUGGUGCGGCGGGAGCUACACGGCACUCCGCGGGCCUCAAUGCAGGUUACAGUUCGCGAUGCACUCAAUCAAGCCAUGGAUGAAGAGCUUGAGAGGGAUGAGCGAGUUUUCCUCCUUGGAGAGGAGGUGGCACAGUACGAUGGCGCUUACAAGGUCAGCAGAGGUCUUUGGAAGAAGUAUGGAGACAAACGCAUCAUUGACACUCCCAUCACUGAGAUGGGCUUUGCAGGCAUUGCUGUUGGUGCAGCUAUGGCGGGUCUGAGGCCGAUUUGUGAAUUCAUGACCUUCAACUUUUCCAUGCAAGCCAUCGAUCAGGUGAUCAACUCUGCGGCCAAAACCUACUACAUGUCCGCUGGCCUGCAGCCUGUCCCAGUUGUGUUCCGCGGACCCAACGGCGCCUCCGCAGGGGUUGCGGCCCAACACUCGCAGUGCUUUGCCGCCUGGUAUGCGCACUGCCCUGGGCUCAAAGUGGUCAGUCCUUGGAACUCCGAAGAUGCCAAAGGCCUACUCAAGUCAGCCAUUCGAGAUGACAAUCCUGUGGUCUUCUUGGAGAAUGAGCUAAUGUAUGGCGUCCCCUUUGAGAUGUCUGAGGAGGCUCUAUCCAAGGACUUCCUUAUUCCUAUUGGAAAGGCCAAGAUUGAGAGGCAAGGGAACCACAUCACUCUUGUGUCACACUCCCGGUAUGUGAGCCAUUGUCUGGAUGCAGCUGCUAUUUUGGCCAAAGAAGGUGUGGAAUGUGAGGUUAUUAACCUUCGCACCAUCAGACCAAUGGAUGUGGAGACCAUAGAGACGAGUGUGAUGAAGACGAACCACCUGGUGACAGUAGAAGGUGGCUGGCCACAGUUUGGCAUUGGAGCUGAGAUAUGCGCCAGGAUCAUGGAAGGUACUGCUUUCAAUUAUUUGGAUGCUCCUGUUACCAGAGUGACUGGCGUUGAUAUCCCCAUGCCAUAUGCAAAGAUUCUGGAAGAUCACAGCUUACCUCAGAUUAAGGACAUAAUAUUUACAGUGAAAAAGACCCUGAAUAUCUGAUUUUACCACUACAGUUCAAGGGGGACACUCAUGUAGCUCUCCUGGUGACCUUCAGUGUACCGUUUCAUUUCCUUUAACCAAAAUCAGUUUAUGGAUCUUUGUCAGCCCUCAAAAGGGGUUUGUCUCUCAAAACAUCCAAACUUAGUUGUAUAGAACUCAUAUCCUGUUACAUAUUUUAAUUUGCAGGUGUACAUUUGUUUUGCAUUCUUUGCAAAUAGAUUUUCACCUGAUAAAGAAUGCACAUUUUAUUUUUUGGUAAGUGUAAAAUACUGUGGAAAAUGAAUUAAUAUGUCAGUAUCUGUUUAACAGUGCCCUAGCAAAGAAUUUUUGACUGCAAUGUAUAUUUUACAUUUUGGUCAAAUAAAGAAUGAACUGUCCUUUGUCACUCUUAAAGUCUCUACAGUGAUUGUGUGGUUUUCCUAUAAAAUUGUCACACC